AUGCCACCAAAGAAAAGACAAUUAUCACAAAGUGAUGAAGAUGUAAAAACCACUACAACCACUACUACUUCAACAUCAACAAAACCACUCACUGAAAUUUUCGAUGGAAUUGUAUUUUGUUUUUCAGGUACAUUUUCAGUAACACAAACUGAAUUAACAAAAAAAGUUGAAGGUUGUGGCGCAUCAACCUCAAAAACAUGCACUGCUAAAGUUACACAUUUAGUAUCAACUGUAGAUGAUUUUAAAAAGAAUGGUACAGCAGUUUCAAAAGCUCUCAAAUCUGGUAUUCCAAUUGUAACCGAAGGUUUCAUUACUAAAUCAAUUGAAGCAUCAAAGAAAUUGGAAGAAAAAGAUUAUUCACUUUCAUCUUCAAACGAUGACGAAGAGGAAGAAGAAGAAGAGGAAGAAGAAGAGGAAGAGGAAGAAGAAGAAGAAGUUGCCAAACCAACUAGAAGAUCAUCAAAGAAAGCACCAGCUAAAUCUGAAGAAAAAGGAGAAGAUAAAAAUAAACUUACAACUCGUCCAACUAAAAAAACUAAAACCAAUACAAGUGAAGCUGAAACCAAAACAGCUGCAUCAGAUCUUGAUGAUAGCAGUAGUGAAUCUGAAGAUGAAAAAAAUCAAAUCAGUGUUAAAAUUAAAGGAAGAGCUGCAAAUGAUCCACAUUUCCCAGAUUCAAGAUUUCAUGUUUAUGAAAAUGGUAAAGAUGUUUAUGAUGCAACAUUAAAUCAAACAGAAAUUUCACAAAACAAUAAUAAAUUUUAUAUUAUUCAACUUUUGGAAGCAGAUGAUGGUAGUUCAUAUUCAGUUUGGAAUCGUUGGGGUAGAGAAGGUUUAAAGGGACAAAGUUCAAGAAAAGAUUUUGGUAAAGGUGGAUUAAAUCAAGCCAUUUCAUUGUUUUGUAGCAAAUUUUAUGAAAAAACCAAAAAUACCUUUACUGAUAGAGCCAACUUUAAAAAGGUUGCUGGUAAAUAUGAUAUGAUUGAAUUAGAUUAUAGUACUGAUUCAAAGCCAAAGAAUGGUGCCUCCACCACUGCUACCACCACCACCACCAAAAAAGUUGUUGAACAUAAGAAAGAAUGUUCAUUGGAUGAAAGAGUACAAGAAUUGGUUAAAUUAAUAUUCGAUGUUAAAAUGAUGGAGAGAACAAUGACUGAAGCCAAAUAUGAUCUCAAGAAAAUGCCAUUAGGUAAACUUUCAAAGAAUCAAAUCACCAAAGGUUAUUUGGUAUUGAAACAAAUUGAAGAUGUUAUGGGUGGUAAAAGUGGUGAAAGUUUAUCAACUCUCUCAAGUAGAUUCUACACAAUCAUUCCACACGCAUUUGGUAUGUCUGUUCCACCAGUAAUCAAUACCAAUCAAAUGUUGAUUGAAAAAAUGAAUAUGCUUCAAAAUCUUGCCGAUAUCGAAAUCGCUACCAACAUUAUCAAGGAUAGUGAAUCUGAUGAAUCAAACAUUUUGGAAUUACAUUAUGCAAAAUUAAAAACAGAUAUUCAACCACUCGAUGAAAACUCUUGUGAAUAUAAAAAUAUUUUAUUAUAUGUUAAAAACACUUAUCAAGGUGGAAAGAAACCAACCAUUGUAAACAUUUUCAAGAUUGAUCGUGAUGGUGAAGCAGAUCGUUAUAAAACUAAAAAACAUCUUGGUAAUAGAAAACUCUUAUGGCAUGGUUCUCGUUUAACAAAUUAUGCUUCCAUCAUUUCACAAGGUUUAAGAAUUGCUCCACCUGAAGCUCCAGUUUCUGGUUAUAGAUUUGGAAAAGGUGUUUAUUUUGCUGAUUGUAUGUCACUUUCUGCAAAUUAUUGUAGAACAGUUGGAUCUAAUGAUUUUUGUAUGUUAUUAGGUGAUGUUGCAUUGGGUAAAACUGCAGAUUUGGCUAGAGAUACUUAUAUGGAGAAACCACAACCAAAUUCUCAUUCAACUUGGGCUUUAGGUACUGUUGAACCAGAUCCAAAAGUAUUUUUCCAAGAUACUGAAGGUUGUAUCACUCCAUACGGCCAAAUGAUUCCAUCUCAACAUAAAGGUGUUUCUUGUUAUGAACAUCAAUAUGUCGUUUAUGAUGUUGCUCAAGUUCAUUUGAAAUAUCUUUUGCAAUUAAGAAAUUAA